UUAUCUAUCAUUCCGGUUCCGACUUCCGUUAGUGAUAUUAAGUUUUAUCAAACAUUUAGCAACAUGAACGUGCUAAGAUUUUUGGUUUGUUUUGCAGCCGUUAGUUUCCAGCUGAGCCUUGUUGCUGCCCAUGAUGAAGAGCACGAGGAAGAAAUAUCUGAGAUUGGGUACGUGAGCUACGAAAGGCAAGAAUAUGGAGAUAAAAUAGACGGUGGGGUGCAACUCGCGGAUUUCUUUCGCGUCAACUUAGAGGGAUCUGAUUUGUGGGAAACUCUGGAAAGCUCUGAUUUGAGAGAUUUCCUUGUGUCUCUCUUUAUGUACGACAACAGGGAUAAAGUCUGGGUUGAAGCCUCUGCUGAGAAGGAGGUAAUGGAAGGAGGUAUCUCUGUAAGGAAACCACUGUUAGGGUACGACCUUCUCAAAUCUAGUGGCUGUGAAGAGAAGGAGCUCAAAGAACAACCCUUCACCAAAGAAAGAUGGGGCUUCAAAGAAAAGGAAGAGGUCAUACCAACAUGCUACCUGCUGACACUCAGCAAUAAAGACCAGACCGCCUCGCAGAUGUAUCCAGAUAACUGUGUGGAAGAUAGGACUGCUAAAGACAAGGACCUGAGGAAGAUGAGGAAGAAGACGAUUCCCACGGCUCCAACAAACGGAACACCUACAGCACCUUUAUCACCAAGCUCAGCAAGAAGAAGAUAGGAAACAUGCGGCAGUUUGUCUGCAAAGCAGCCCACACUUCCAUGGGAGCAUCAAUCACUCUUAACAGUGCCUU